AUGUCACCAGCCUCGCCGCCAUCGCCGCACCCGCGCCCUUCGAAGCGCCCGCACCCGUCCUCUCCAGAGUCCAAAGACUCACCGGCUUCUGGAACCGUCGGUCCGGCCUCUCCCGUCACAGAAGCCUCACCCGAUGGCGCGCCGCAGAGCUCCAAGGUCGGCCAGAGCAGCAGUUUUCGAAACGUCAGCGCAUGUAACCGAUGUCGGUUGCGCAAGAACAGGUGUGACCAGAAGCUACCGAGCUGUGCCAGCUGCGAGAAGGCAAGGGUGCCAUGUGUGGGAUACGAUCCAAUAACCAAGAGGGAGAUUCCGCGCAGUUAUGUCUUUUAUCUCGAGACCCGCGUCGAUCAGUUGGAAGCUCUGCUUCGUGCCAACAGCUUACAGUUUCCACCAGCUGAGAACCUAGAAUACUGCUCGAGACCUGGCACCGACGGGGGCCAUGGUAGAUCGCCCACGGAUGGCUCGCACUCCAUGCACCCCGAGGCGUUUGAGGCAUCGGGUGGUGGAAAGUCAUAUAACAAUGGAGAAGAACAUGCAAGACCUAGCAAGAUUAUGAGGCAUAGUGGCGGGAAUGGACAGAGGUAUCUGGGGUCUACCAAUGGCGUGUCGUUCGCGCGCGUAGUCUUUGCCGCCGUCCAGUCAUCUGUCGGAGAUCACAGAUCAAGUUCUGACAAAGCAGGAAUUCGACCGUAUAAGCCAGUCGCUGGGAACGGGGCGGUCUCCUCGGGUACCUCCAUGCGCGACUCGUUCUUUGGCCUCCACACACGACCGACCAUCAGCCCGGCCGAGUUUCCUGACAAGGAAUUGGCUUGCAAACUGGUAGAGUUGUAUUUUCAGCAUGCCAACCCACAGAUCCCAGUUCUCCACCGCGAAGACUUCAUGCAGAUGUUCGAGCUUGCAUACGCCGAUGAAGGUAGGAUACGGGGACCCAAAGAGCUGUACAUGUUGAAUAUGGUGUUUGCUAUUGGCGGUGGUAUCAUCAUGGACGCGCAGACCGCCUCGUCGAGAACGUCGGGUGAGCUGAAGACCCAGUCUCAGCCGGAAGAGUACCAUGCCAGCGCCAUCAUCCAUCUUGAGGCCUGUCUUAGCAACAGUGGUGGUGGCCUAGAGGAGCUCCAAGCUGUGCUGCUUCUAGCAAACUUUGCUUUGCUCCGGCCAGUUCCGCCCGGCUUAUGGUACAUCGUUGGCGUGGCUGUGAGACUGGCGGUGGAUCUCGGUCUUCAUUACGAAGAUGGGAAAGAUGUUGAGUUUGAUCUUGGAGACUCGUCCAGUGCAAACAGAGGCGGUGGCGAGGGCGAAAGACCACGCGAGGUCCACCAGCGCGAAAGGGGCCGACGAGAAUAUAUUCGCGACCUUCGGAGACGGUUAUGGUGGUGCACCUAUGCCUUCGACCGACUUGUCAGUACUUGUGUCGGGCGACCAUUUGGUGUGUCUGAUCAAGUCAUCACAACUGAGUUUCCCUCCAUGUUGGAUGAUCGCUAUAUUACCCCUGCUGGUAUCGUUGUGCCUACUCCAGAUGGCGAGCCAUCAUACAAGAUUGUUGCGAAGCAUUACUGGCGACUGCGAUUAUUACAAUCAGAAAUAAUGCAAGUCUUGCAGUACCAACAGGCACAGAUCGCGAGAUUCAACGGUCAAAAUAUGCGGAACGAGUACAUGCACACUCGUCUCCCCUCACCCUUCCUGUCGAGAUUUGAUUCAUUCAGGAGCUGGAGGAAAAACAUCGACGAGCGUUUAUACGAUUGGAAGAACUCGGCACCAACCAAAGGUGAUUCAGGGGUUGCGUUCUCAACCGAGUUCCUGGAGCUGAACUAUUGGCAAGCAAUCAUCAUGCUUUAUCGCCAGAGUCUGAGCGUACCCGCCAUGUUCGAAGGCGAAUACCACACCUCCAAAGAAGUGAACAGCCCGUCCAUUUACUCAGCCGAGUUGCGAGAAGAUGAAGAAAGAGUCUACGUCAAGGUCGCCGAAGCAGGACAGAAGAUCUUGCGGCUCUACAGACAGCUGCAUGUGGUGGGACUUGUGAACUACACUUAUCUGGCCACGCAUCACCUUUUCAUGGCGGGUAUAUCAUACCUCUAUGCAAUAUGGCACUCUCACGUUGUGAGGAGUCGACUGACGAGUGAUGAGGUCGACUUCACUAUUCUAGCAGCUACCUCGGUUUUCUCCGAUCUUAUUGCCAAAUGCCCUCCAGCAGAAGCUUGUCGUGAUGCUUUCGACCGGACAGCGAAGGCAACUGUCAAAAUGGCUACUUCUACCGGCGGAUUUGGACCGGUGUUGAAUCGAAACAAGCGGGGAUCGAAGGGUAACAGCGAUAGAAUGGACUAUAUCACUGCAAGGGAGGCAACAGCAAACCGGCAGAAGAUGCAUCAACGACCAGCUUUUGAUCCUCGGUCAGGCGCACCUUACGAUGUAAGCGCACACGAUGGUUAUGGUGGACGGAACGCACCUGCGCAAAUGACACCAAGGCCAGGUCAACCAACAGCACCGUUCCGUCUCAACAUCCCUGGUGUCAAAACCGAACAGGAUGGGUACUCGAUGCUUCGAUCGAUGCCAGUACCGAGCCUCAAUACAGGUGGCUCUUCUGAUCUAGUGUCCAUGCCUGACAACUCGGCCAUCGAUCCCGUCCUGUUACCGUCUCCCAGCCCACGGGUAAACUCCCCAGUAUCUGCAGCAAGUUUGACACCAACAUCCACGAACCAGGGGCAAUUCCCGCCUCAAGCUGGCCCGAACUCUAACUACAAUCUUCUGAGGUCGCCCACAGCCGGAUACAGCCCGGGACCAGGUACCCUGAACUACGCGGACCUACAGGGCAUGGAUUUCCUGCAAACCCUACAGGACCAGACCAGCGCCGAUGGCACGAAUAACAAUACAGACAUGCAGAUGGACAUGGGCUUUGGCAUGGGCUGGGAGGGCAUGCAUCACGACUUUAGCGAUGGACAACAGGUCGACCUCUUUGACGGAUUUUUCUUCGGCGGCCAGCAGGGCGGCGGAGGGGCAAUUGGCUGA